CCCGUCCCGCGCGUGCCUUUGCUUCCACUUCCAGCGGCAGCAGCAGCUAGCCUUAUCCUCUCCUCGCCUCUGCUGCCCGCGGGGAUGAUGCCGAGGAUGGCGCCGCCGCCGCCGCCGCUCUCCGGCAAGCCGCCGACGCUCCCAUUCUCCCCCAAUAAGCCGCCGCCCAUGCCGGUGUACAAGGACCUGCACUUCAACCGCGACCUCUCCGCCACCAAGAAGCUCCAGGCCGGCGUGGACCUGGUGGCGCGGCUGGUCGGGGUGACGCUGGGACCCAAGGGGAGGAACGUGGUGCUCAGCAACAAGUACGGCCCCCCCAAGAUCGUCAACGACGGGGAGACGGUGCUCAAGGAGAUCGAGCUAGAGGACCCAUUAGAAAAUCUUGGAGUGAAGCUGGUCAGGCAGGCUGGUGCCAGGACGAACGAUAUUGCUGGCGAUGGUUGUACCACUUCCAUAAUCCUGGCUCAAGGCCUGAUUGCUGAAGGAAUGAAGGUGCUUGCUGCUGGAAUUAAUCCUGUCCAGAUUGCGCGGGGCAUCGAGAAGACUGCUUCUGCGUUGGUGUCUGAACUCAGAUUGAUGUCCCGGGAGGUAGAAGACCAUGAAAUUGCACAUGUGGCCGCAGUUAGUGCAGGAGAUGACUAUGCUGUUGGAAAUAUGAUUUCUGAUGCUUUUAAAAGAGUAGGCAGGAAAGGUAUGGUGAGGAUUGAAAAUGGAAGAGGCACGGAAAAUGGCCUAGAGAUCGUGGAAGGAAUGCAAUUUGAUCGCGGUUACCUCUCACCUUAUUUUGUAACUGAUCGUACAAAUAUGUCUGCAGAGUUCACUGAUUGUAAGAUAUUGUUGGUUGACAAGACAAUUACUGAUGCAAGUGAGAUUAUAAGGAUAUUGGAUAGUGCUGUCAAAGAAGAUUAUCCAUUGUUGAUAGUUGCCGAGGAUGUUGAAGAAAAGGCAAUGGCUGAUUUGAUAAAGAACAAGUUAAAAGGGACAAUUAAAGUGGCUGCGAUCAAGGCGCCUUCCUUUGGAGAACAAAAGACUCAAUGCUUGGAUGACAUUGCUAUCAUGACAGGAGGUACAGUAGUGCGUGAAGACAUGGGAUAUACACUGGAAAGGGCUGGGAAAGAGGUUCUAGGUUCUGCUUGCAAGGUUGUAAUCGGGAAAGAUUCAACAUUAAUCGUUACCGAUGGGAGCACCCAACAUGCGAUCGAGAAAAGGGUUGCUCAAAUAAAGGGUCAAAUUGAGAACUCAAAUGAGAGGUACCAGAAGAAGAUAUUGGGUGAGAGGAUAGCAAGGUUAUGUGGUGGAAUUGCAAUUAUUCAGGUCGGUGCUCAAACAGUAAUUGAAAUGAAAGAUAAGAAGCUCAGAAUUGAAGAUGCCCUUAAUGCAACCAGGGCAGCUAUUGAGGAAGGAGUCGUGAUAGGUGGUGGUUGUAGCCUAUUAAGAUUAUCCAUGAAGAUUGACGCAAUUAAGGAAUCAUUGGAUAAUGUGGAGCAGAAGAUUGGUGCAGACAUCUUCAAACAGGCUUUGAGUUAUCCUACUGCAUUGAUUGCAAGCAACGCUGGGGUUAAUGGAAAUUUCGUCAUAGAAAAGUUGUUACUAAAUGACGACAGUAGAUAUGGCUACAAUGCUGCCAAGGACCGCUAUGAGGAUUUGAUGGCCGCUGGAAUAUUAGAUCCAUCCAAGGUUGUGAGAUGUUGCAUAGAGCAUGCUGCUGUAGUUGCCAAGUCCUUUCUGACAUCGGAUGUGGUGGUUGUGGAGGCGAAAGAAAGCAAACCAGUUCGCAUAAGGCCCCCAAUGCCUCCUAGAAAUUUGAUUCCCCCAAUUCCUGCUUCUGUUUCAGGAAUUCGAGUGUAGAAUACAUCCCUUCCCAGCACUGAUACUCAACAAUAACAACAAAAAAAUGGGACAAUUCUUUUGCAAAUCUACUCAGAUAAUAACAAAGUGCAAAAAUACCUGACGAAUAAAUUCACCUCAAACAUUGCUCGUGGAAGCUGUCGCCAGGUUCCAUCAAUGACAGCAGCAACAAGAGGGUGCUCUUAGAAUAGAAAAUGCUGGAAAUUUCAACUGAUAUUCUUGUUUCCGAGACCUUGGGUGUUUUUUUACUGUGUUAAUAGAUCAAGCCAAUUUUAGAUGGCUUAUCAAUAUGUAUAUGUAAGUUAUAUAUCCGGAACUGUUACCUAAUUUGUAAAUAUAGCAAGUAAUUUUGCCAAGUGUAAUUCUUACCCAGGAGGUUUGGGUUGAUAUCUGUUAUACAUCUGUAAUAUUUUUUUUCCUGAAAAAAGGGCUGGUGAGCUCUGUCAUUCAUUUCGAGGAUAGAAGAAA